AUGGUUCAUCAGACGUUUGACUUCUUUAUUCAAACUGUUAAAAAUUCUUUAGAAAUGUCUCGUACAAAACUUGUUACUACUCAACAAUUAAUGAAUACAACAUUAUUCAAUAAAUCUGAUAUUACUCCACUCAUGGCUAAACCAUACGAAGUUGUUAAUGCUACCAAUGAUAACAACGAUGGUUCACAGGAUGUUACUAAACCACCUGAUAAACCCAAUGGUUGA